AAGUAAACUGUUAUUAAUCACUUUGAGUAGCUGCACUGUUUAAUCUGAAGCAAGCAACCACUCGCUUUCUGUCAAUUCGGUGGAAGUGUAUGCUGAAACUUCCGGGAAGACUUGAAGUUGCAGAGACAUUUUAAAGCAGUCAAUGUAUCUAACAGCUGUUCUCCGCUUCUCAAAUCACUACUUUGCUCGUUAUGCUCGGAGAAGUUUGGAACUUUUACACCAGGUGGUACAUUUGACAAGAACCGCCGAAUCAUUCUCUCAUCUCUUCCAUCUGAAGUCACAGCUCAAGAUGGCUUCUACAACGCUUCGAUUGGAACAGAUCCUGACCAACUCUACGCAAUGGGGAUGUGCAUCCCAGGUGCUAAACAAAAGCUUUGUAGGGAUUGUAUCAUGGACGUCACAAGACAGUUAAUACAGACAUGUCCCAACCAGACAGCAGCAAUUCACUGGUCAGGUGGAGGGAAAACUGUAUGUAUGGCACGUUACUAUAACCAGCCGUCUUCUAGACCAUUGGAUUUGGAAUCAGUUUCUAUUGGUUAUAACGUUGGAAAUCUCAGCACAAACUUAACAGAUUUUGAUAGAUUAUGGGAGCGAUUGAUAGCUCAUAUGGUGACUAAAGCUUCAUCAGCAUCAAUAAAAUAUUUAUCAUUUGAUAACAGUAGAUUCUAUGCAGCUGAUGAAACAAACUUGACAAAUUCUCAAAUGGUCUACGCUUUGAUGCAAUGCACGCCAGACGUCUCUCCUUCCAACUGUAACACUUGUUUAAAACAAAGUGUUGAUGACUAUGUUGGUUGUUGUCAUGGGAAGCAAGGCGGCUAUGUGUAUCGGCCUAGUUGCAUUUUCCGGUGGGAUCUAUACCCUUUCAAUGGCGCCUUUGAUCUUCUUACGCUAGCGCCUCCACCCUCAUCUCAGCUGCAAUCCCCACCUCCAGUGACCAACAAAGAUGAAAAAACGAUUCAUACAGGAACUAUCAUUGGGAUUGUCAUUGUCGUUGCAAUGGUCAUAAUCAUGGCUCUGCUUGCUCUAGGGGUUUCUGUUUGCAGGAGUAGAAAAAAAUAUCAAGCUUUUGCCUCAGAAACUGCCGAUGAUAUUACAACAGUUGGAUAUCUCCAGUUUGAUAUUAAAGACAUUGAAGCUGCAACAAGUAACUUUUUGGCGAGUAACAAGAUUGGUCAAGGUGGUUUCGGCGAAGUUUACAAGGGUACGUUAUCAAAUGGAACUGAAGUUGCAGUCAAGAGGCUGUCAAGAACUUCAGAUCAAGGUGAAUUGGAGUUCAAGAACGAGGUGCUUCUUGUAGCAAAACUUCAGCACCGGAAUCUCGUUAGGCUUCUCGGUUUUGCUCUGCAAGGAGAAGAAAAGAUACUCGUCUUUGAGUUUGUUCCCAACAAGAGCCUCGAUUAUUUCCUCUUCGACCCAACAAAAAAGGGUCAGCUGGACUGGACAAGACGGUACAACAUCAUUGGAGGGAUUACACGAGGGCUUCUCUAUCUUCAUCAAGACUCUAGGCUCACCAUCAUACACCGUGACAUCAAAGCGAGUAACAUUCUUUUAGAUGCUGAUAUGAACCCGAAAAUAGCGGAUUUCGGGAUGGCUAGGAAUUUCAGAGAUCAUCAAACUGAAGACAGUACAGGAAGAGUCGUUGGAACCUUCGGUUACAUGCCUCCAGAAUAUGUUGCGCAUGGCCAAUUCUCUACCAAAUCCGAUGUCUAUAGCUUCGGAGUAUUGAUUCUAGAGAUUGUUAGUGGCAGGAAGAAUAGCAGCUUCUAUCAGAUGGAUGGUUCUGUUUGCAACUUGGUCACAUAUGUUUGGAGACUUUGGAACACUGAUUCAUCUUUAGAGCUCGUAGAUCCGGCGAUUAGCGGAAGCUAUGAGAAAGAUGAAGUCACUAGAUGCAUCCAUAUCGGACUUUUAUGCGUUCAAGAAAAUCCUGUGAAUCGACCAGCAUUGUCUACAAUAUUCCAAAUGCUCACUAAUAGCUCCAUUACUCUAAAUGUCCCUCAACCACCUGGAUUUUUCUUCAGGAACAGACCUGAGUCAGACACAUUACGCCGUGGAUUGGAGCCAGACCAAUAUAACAAUGAAUCUGUUACUUGUUCUAUCGACAAUGCAACAAUCACUACACUCCUCGGUAAAACUCUUGCUUCUGCACUCUGUUGUAUUACCUCAACUCUAUUUUCAAAGUCAAUGUAUAGAAACACUGAGGAUUGAAUUAUUUUUGAAUAUUAAAAGUUAUCUCAUUUUGAUUCUGGUUUAUGUAUUCACGUUCAUUUUUUGUUAAGAAUAAAUGCUUGGCUCACCUGCCCAAUAACAUCUUU